AUGUCGUCCGGCUUGGUAGCCGACAUUUUCGACGUGGCCAGAAAAGAGUUUCUCCUCAAAUUCAAAAAUACUCCAAACUACGAUUUCUCGAAGCUUUCUUCCAUUGACGAUGUAUACAAUGCGACAGACGAAAUUCAGAAAAAGCAAACCGCUCAAAGGGCACUGCGCAAUUUGAGAAAGAUCCAACCAUUCUUGGAUGGUCUUUCCAAAUAUGAAAAGGUCAUCGAAACAUUUGUGCAAGCAAAGCCCGAUGUAUUGGCUCUUAUCUGGGAUGCUCAAUCUCACCUGAAGACUUACGAUAAGAUUCGCGAUUCCAUGGCGCAGAUUGGUGCUGUGCUUCCAAAUUUCCAGCUCUACACUGGCAUUUUUGAAAAACACCAUCAAAUACAUCAGAUCCUUUACCUUUUUUUCCAGGAUAUACUCGACUUUUAUGGAACGGUUUUCAAUUUCUUCAAUCUCAAGGGCUGGAAAGAGAUGUUUGAGAUCCUCUGGCCGAAGUAUUCAGGCAGAUUUGAUGUGAUCAUCGACAACAUCAAGAAGCAUACGAUGCUCAUGCAUGAUGAGGUGGAGAUGGCACACAUUGCAGAAGCAGACACAGCGCGCAAACUAGCUUUGCAGGAAUACGAGCGGGCUCACGAAAGCCAAGACCGUCAAGAGUUUGGUUCAGUCAUCAGCUCGCUUAACCCUUCCCUGUAUGAUAAGGAACUCGAGAGGCUAUCCGCAGAUUGUUCUGCUGGCACUGGUGGCUGGCUUGCCGGCCAUUCACCCUACAUGAAAUGGCUUGAUGCAUCUGAUGACUCCUCUCGAGUAUUUUGGGUUCAAGGCAUUCCCGGCGCAGUUAUUAUCCGCGAAAUAAUGGCCAGAGGACACCACAUUGCCUUCGCGUUUCUUACCUACCGCCACCGUCACGAUACAUCAGCGCUCAAGAUACUUCAUUGUUUCAUGUAUCAACUCGUCCUUGACAACAAGUGUCUGAGGCCUGUACUCACCUCCGCCUACAAUGAACACUAUCGGCAGCUCAACAGCUCCGUCCCCUUCUCCAAAGAUGUCUUUUGUAAGCUCAUCAGACAUCAACCAGUCACCCACAUCGUCGUAGAUGGACUUGAUGAGAUUACAAUUUUGGAAAGGACUUUACUUGUAAAGACGCUUCUGCAAAUGCAAUCCGAGGUCACAAGCCUCAGAGUGCUUUUCAGCAGCAGAGCAGAGGAUGAUCUUACCCGACUUCUUGACGCGAAGGCAGACUCGGUCAAGGUGCACGACCACAAUUCUGCUGACCUUUCACAUUAUGUGCAUCAGAAGGCAGACGAAUUUGUAGCAGAAAUGGGGGCCGAGCCAGUGAUAGCAUCGGAGGUGCACCGACUCAUGAACAUCGUCGCUGCAAAGGCAGAAGGAGGCUAA